AAAUCUCAACCUCGAACUACUCCUGUAGAGCCUGGAUACAUCGAUCGCCUGACAAAGUUGGAGAGAUAUGGAGGUGACGCAAAUACUUCACAUGAACAACGGAGAUGACGAGACUAGUUAUGCCAAAAACUCUACAGUUCAGAGAAAAACAUUAUCUAUAGUCAAGCCGAUCAUUGAGGAAGCAGUGCUAGAACUCUUGGGAGACAAUAUCAUGGCAAUAGAGAGCAUGGGAAUAGCAGAUUUGGGUUGCUCAUCCGGACCCAACACCUUACUACUCAUCUCGCAGAUCAUGGAUGCCAUACAUGCUAAACCUAGCAAAGUUACAGAGCUUAGAGUGUUUCUAAAUGACCUCUUUAGCAACGACUUCAACUCCAUCUUCAUGUCACUCCCAUCAUUCUACAACAAACUGAAACAAGACUAUGAUAAUAGUCGUCAUCCCGAUCAGCAUGUCAUAAAUCCGUUGAUUUCUGCUGUGCCCGGUUCGUUUUACGGUCCAUUGUUUCCCAGAAAGAGCGUGCACUUUGUUCAUUCUUCUUUUAGUCUUCACUGGCUCUCUCAGGUGCCCGAUGGCCUAAACAACAAAGGAAAUAUAUACAUUUCUAAGAGCAGCCCGCAAUGCGUAUUAGACGCAUACUCCAUGCAGUUUCAGAAAGACUUUUCGGUUUUUCUGAGAUCUAGGGCGCAAGAAAUAGUCGAGGGAGGACGAAUGGUGUUGUCCUUCAUGGGCAGGCCAUCCUCUGACCCAACAGCUGAUCAGGGCACUUUCUACCAGUUCGAGCUCUUAGCCCACGCAUUAAUGGACACGGUGUCCAAGGGUCUUAUAAAAGAGGAAAUGGUUAAUUCCUUCAACAUGCCCUACUAUACUUCAUGUGCAGAGGAAUUGAAUUUGGUGUUACAAAAAGAAGGGUCUUUCAUCAAGGACCGCCUUGAAGCAUUCGAAGUGAAUUGGGAUACUGGUGCUGCUGAUCUCGAUCACAACAUGCCUAACGGUGCAUUUGACCAUGAUCAAACAAUAACAAGCAGUGGGCAGCGAGUGGCCAAUAGCAUAAGAGUCGUGGCCGAGUCAAUGCUCGAAUCUCAUUUUGGAAAAGAGAUAAUGGAUGAGGUGUUUAAGAAAUAUACAGAGCUCGUUAGCAAGCACUUAUCAAAUAGUACUACUAGACCCAAGUAUACAGUUUUGGUCACCUCACUCAUUCGAAAGAUUUGAAUUUUCCUCUUCUUUUAUUCAGAAUUUAUUACAUUGUAUCCAUUCAGAGAAGACGCCACCAUCACAUUUCCUUUCUAUCCUUCUCAAGUUCUCAUUCUUUAAUGUGUGUAUACUGUAUAAUUGCUUCUUGUUGCAUCAUUGCGUUCAAUAACAUAGUACUCAUAUUAGUUUCUAAA